AUGAGUGAUCUCAGUCCCAAGGUCAUCCGUAUCCGCUCAACUCCUAAAACCAUUCAGCUCGUACCAUACUGGCCAGAUAAUGCUGAAACGUGGUUUCUGCUAGCUGAAGCAGAUUUUUGUGAGCAUGGGAUAACUGAUCAACGUUCACAGUUACUUGCAGUUAUUCACGCCCUACCGCGGGAAUUCAGCAAGUACGUAACAUCACAGAUGUUGAGUCCCGAGGUAAGUAACUCGUACGAGUUGCUCAAAGCAUCCCUCCUCAGGAGAAACGCUCUCACGGAUAGACAACGUCUAGAUGAAUUAUUUCGCAACAUCGAGUUAGAAGAUCAGUCAGCCGUGAGCAUGCUGACAAGAAUGAAACAAGUCGUCGGCCAAUGUCAGUUCGACGAAGGACUGUUUAGAGAACUCUUCUUAACCAAGUUGCCACAAUCUGUACAGACCGUACUUGUGACACUUGAGGGUACUGUAAUAGAGGACUUAGCUAUUACUGCAGAUAAGAUCCUAGAAAUAACUAAACGGUCUGUCCCCGAAGUAUGCUCAGUGACUAAGCAGACUUCGAGUGA